AUGGUCCAUUAUCCUACACUUAAUCCCAGCGCCAGAGCUUCAUAUGGAGCCGUGGGGACUGACACUCCGCCGAAGAACUUUACUCUAAGCCCUCGCCGCCGUCUCACGCAAUGGUACAUCAACAUGGCUCUCAUCAACUUCGUCGAGUUCGCGGCCGAAUCCUCGCGCGGCGUCGUGCUGGCCACACUCUUCCUCUACAACAAGUCGCUGGGCGGCGAUUUGGCCUUCAUGGGCUUGCUCACUUCCCUCUUCUCAGUGGGGCGUCUUAUCUCGUCCACAGUGUUCGGCUGGAUGUGCGACCGGUACUCGUUCCGCUCCGUGUACCUCGUGUCGUCGGGCAUCUGCCUACUAGGCAACCUCAUCUACCUCAUGGCCGACAUCCACGUUACCGACAGCUUGACUGCGCUGGCAGUCAGUCGGUUCAUCGUGGGCUUUGGCGCUGGCAACCGCAGUGUGUGUCGUGCCAAUGUCGCAGCCAUGACCACCAUCACCCAGCGGCUGCGCUAUCUCACGAUCCUUGCGACAGUCGUUUUCCUCGGCUAUGCUUUGACGCCAGGACUCGGCAGUCUCGUGGCUGAUGUGGACGUGUUCUUCUGCGGCGUGCACUUCAACAAGUUCACCUCACCCGGCGUCAUCCUCGUGGUGUUUAAUCUACUGACGAUCUUCAGCAUGUUGACUACCUAUGAUGGGUCUAUCGGCAUCCACGACGGUCCGUUGGAGUCCCCGAACACCGCUGCAACGAAAAACACACUGUCCGACUUGACGUCCAUGCCCGAGCGUAUCGUGAACAUUGGCGCCAUGGUGUUUAUCUUCCUCAACUUCACUGCGCGCGGCAUCUUGUCGGUAUUCGAGACGGUGAACAUCCCGCUGUUCCUUCAAGUAACCGGUAGCGACCCCGACAGUGUCGCCGCAGUGGUGGACGCUUCCAACUUCCAGUUCUACUUGGGUCUACUGGGACUCGUGUCCUACUUUUCCAUCGAAUAUUUCCGCAAGAGCAUGACGGAUGUCAGCUGGGUGCAGCUCGGAUUUAUGUUCUUGCUGUUGGGUAAUGUUCUCCUGGUGGUGAUGCCCGCGUCUCUGACGUUUGACCGCUUGGCGUUUGCGGAGCUUUUGGUGUGGAGCAUUGGCUGUCCGAUCACCACUGCGGUUGUGGUGGCUGCCUUCUCCAAGUUGCUUGGCGGAAGACCGCAGGGUACACUCAUGGGCUUGCUGGGAUCUGCAGGCUCCGUUUCGCGCAUUAUUUUGCCGCUGUUGCCUGCUGCCAUCCCGACGCUGACCCCAGUGUUCAUGAUCAACAUCGCACUGUGCGGUCUAAGUGUGGCGCUGCUGUGGUGGUACAGCAAGUUGGUGUACCGGACCAAGGUCGAUCUGCUUGCAGAUGUCGAGAGCGCAUAUCGGGCGGUGUCACCACCGAAUGACCUGCGAUCUCCGCUGGGCUCUGACAAGGUGGAUUUUGAAGAUAACUUGUUGAUGAACUAA